GGAAUAUUAUAAAAGCUAAAAUACCAUGCCUAUACAUAUAUCACUAAAGAAAGCAUUAGAUAUGUUCUCGUUGUUGCUGGUGCCUGCUCUUGUUUGUAUUUGCCAUGUUGAUAUUAUUACAUGCCAUUACGAGCUCACAAACGUGGCAUACUCGAAACCAGUCACGCUGAGUUCCCUUUUCGACAACGAUUCGCGUUAUGUGGGAUCCAAAGUCGUCAAUGGCCUAUUUUCUGACCUUACCGCUACCGCAGCAGAGAGAUCCCCAUGGUUGAGAAUUGAUCUUGGUGCCAGAUUUGAAAUAAAUGAAAUUGAAGUAUUUGCAAGAACAGAUUGUUGUGGCGUUCAGCUACAUGAUGUUGACUUCAAAGUUGGAGAGAAUAUUCACGACAUGUAUCGAUGUGGCCAUUACACGGGACCUACUGUAAAGGGUCAGAGAAUCGCUGUCUUCUGUCCUCACAACACCAUAGGGCGUUAUGUACAGAUACAGAUAACCAAGGGACAUAACAACGAGUUGACUCCUGCAGAGGUCCUCGUUUGGGGUGUAAAAGUAAACUGAAGGGAAGCCUCACUAAAAUGAAUGCAAAUAAUGUGUUGCCUUUUAUUUUACUUUAUUUAUUUUAAGUGAUAUAGUCAGAUAUACUGACUCUACAUCCCUUUUUUUUUAUUCUUUUUUCUUUUUUAUGAUGACAAGGUAAAACAGAUCAAAUAUAAGAAGUGUUAUCAUUAAAGGAGCAAAGGGGUGUUACACAUACUUAGUCACACUUACAUGUUAUAUAUCAGUUAACGAGUCCAUACAAGUCUCCCAAACUACACAUGUAAGCAAACUGGGUUGUUUUUGGACAUUGAUUUAGUGUCACGUGACUUUUAUUAUUAACUAAAUAAAGUUACCGUUGGAUUGACGCACUUAGAAAAUAAGUGGAUUUUAAA